GAAUCAAUCCCUGCGCAUCGCGCAACGUUUGUAGAAGUUCGGAUCUGACGGGUGGUCUUUCUGAAUUAGGGCGUGAUUCGAUAGUUUUUGAAGGUUUAAUAAUUUAAUUAUCAGGCCGCAACGAUUGCUAAAAUGUCUACUGCAGAAUCAACCGGAGACGAAUCCCUUUAUCCUAUUGCAGUGCUCAUUGAUGAGCUACGCAAUGAAGAUGUGCAGCUGCGGCUGAACUCUGUGAAGAAGCUGUCGACGAUCGCACUGGCGCUGGGCGUGGAGCGCACCCGGAACGAGCUGAUCCCCUUCCUGACGGAGACCAUCUACGACGAGGAUGAGGUACUGCUGGCGCUGGCCGAGCAGCUCGGCAACUUCACGAAGCUGGUCGGCGGCCCCGAGUUCGUCUACUGCCUCCUGCCGGCGCUGGAGUCUCUGGCGCAGGUGGAGGAGACGGUGGUCCGGGACAAGGCGGUCGAGUCGCUGCGCACCAUCUCGCACCAGCACAGCACGGCCGACCUGGAGUCGCACUUUGUGCCUCUGGUGAAGCGGCUGGCCUCGGGCGACUGGUUCACGUCGCGUACCUCGAGCUGCGGGCUGUUCGCCGUCUGCUACCCGCGCUGCAACGACAAACUCAAAGCGGAGUUGCGUGUCAACUUCCGUAACCUGUGUCAGGACGACACGCCGAUGGUGCGCCGCGCCGCCGCCAGUAAACUGGGCGAGUUCGCCAAGGCGGUGGGCUCGGAGCACCUCAAGUCCGAGGUGAUCCCCAUGUUCGUCGAGCUGGCCGGCGACGAGCAGGACUCUGUCCGCCUGCUGGCGGUCGAGGCGUGCGUCAGUAUCGCCUCGCUGCUGCCCCAGGCAGACACCGAGGCCCUGGUGAUGCCCACACUCAAACACUGCGCCGAGGACCAGUCAUGGCGCGUCAGGUACAUGGUGGCGGACCACUUCACUGAGCUGCAGGCGGCCGUCGGGCCGGAGAUCACCACGGUGGACCUGGUGCCGGCCUUCCAGUCGCUGCUGAAGGACUGUGAGGCCGAGGUGCGCGCCGCCGCCGCCCAGAAGGUCAAGGACUUUUGUCAGAACCUGGCGCCGGCGACUCGUGAGACGCAGAUCGUCACCAACAUCCUGCCCUGCGUCACUGAGCUGGUGUCGGACGCCAACCAGCACGUCAAGUCGGCGCUUGCCGGCGUCAUCAUGGGCCUGUCGCCGAUCCUGGGCAAAAACAACACGGUGGAGCACCUGCUGCCGCUGUUCCUCACCCAGCUGAAGGACGAGUGCCCCGAGGUGCGACUCAACAUCAUCUCCAACGUGGACUGUGUCAACGAGGUCAUCGGCAUCCAGCAGCUGUCCCAGUCGCUGCUGCCGGCCAUCGUGGAGCUGGCUGAGGACACCAAGUGGCGCGUCCGGCUGGCAAUCAUCAACUACAUGCCGCUGCUGGCCGGCCAGCUGGGCGUCGAGUUCUUCGACGAGAAGCUGAACCAGCUGUGCAUGACGUGGCUGGUGGACCACGUGUUCGCCAUUAGGGAGGCGGCCACGCUGAACCUCAAGAAGCUGGUGGAGAAGUUCGGCGCCGAGUGGGCACAGAACGGCGUCAUUCCCAAGGUGGUGGCCAUGGCGCGCGACCAGAACUACCUGCACCGCAUGACCUGCCUGUUCUGCAUCAACGUUCUGUCGGAGGCCUGCGGGCCCGAGAUGACGGUGAAGCUGAUGCUGCCCACCGUGCUCGGCAUGGCUGGAGACCGCGUGGCCAACGUGCGCUUCAACGUGGCCAAGACCCUGCAGCGCAUGGGACCCAUCCUCGACAGCAGCGUGGCCCAGACCCAGGUGAAGCCGGUGCUGGACAAGCUGAACACCGACACCGACUUCGACGUCAAAUUCUACGCGUCCGAGGCGCUGGCCGGUGAGGCCUUCUAACGCGGACUAGCAGCUCGGCUGGCACUGUGUCCGCCAUUAGACCGCUUAUAGUCGGGUGCUCCGCUGUAACCCGGUAGAUGUGAAAACAUUGUAUUUUUCUUCGUGAACUCAUGCUUGCAUUUCCGACUUUUGCUUGAUUAGAAUCAAAAGUAGGCGCUUCCUGUGCAUCCUGCUCCUAUCAAUCCACAUAUGUCACAGAACGUGGUUGCCUGUCUCACGAUUUGCUCGUAUGGUAAUUGUCGCGUCCAUGUAUCCAUCCACUCUUUCGUGCUCUAUUGUAGCUGCUGUGCGUUGAUCCCACCACCGUCCGUUCAUGUUAUCAUGUGGCAGAUGACUGAAUAAACCGCUCGGGCCGUGUUUCAGCGCUGGGUUAGUUCGCCGCGGACGGCUCUCCACACCCCUUCACUUAGAGCGACGUCGGCGCGCCCGGCCCAGAGGAGCGAUAUAUGUGUGGCCGGCCGGCCCCGCACGCAGUGCACCCGCCGCAGAGCCGGCGGCCCGACCAGAUCGAGCGAUCGCCACCCGCUUCAUAUAUGUUGUGUGUGCGCGUGCCAAUUCCAAUUAAAGUUUCGUAAUUCUUUUGCCUCCUGGACUCGCGCGCUCGUGUUGUUUUCGUCGUGUCGCGGGCGGUGUCUCCGUCCCGCCGCUCUCCCUCGGUUUGUGGUAGACUGAGUUGGCCGCACGGGCGCGCCGGCGGCGGCCGCGUAGUGUUAUAUGUCUGGAGACCGGCGCCCACCGGCCGGCCGGCCCCACGGCGCCGCGGACGGGUGACACGACUCGGCGCCCGCCGGCCGGCCGGCCCCACGGAACGGGUGACACGACUCGGCGCCCGCCCGGCCGGCCGGCGCAGCACACGCGCGCACGUUGGCUGUUGAUGACGCGACUGACGCGACUCGGACUCAGCCGGGACGCGGUCCCCGGUAAAAAUCUCCGUCUGCGCGGCGGCGGCGGCCGCUCCUGUCCCGAUUUUAUCAUUGAUUCCUAACCAUGUGUACCGAGCGGAGGCGAAUAAACAACACGUGUCAA